GCAGUCAGCCCGCGCCCCUCAGCCUGGCCGCUCGGGUCUCGGGGCUCGUCCGCCUCGCCACCCGCCUCUGCUCGUCCAUCCUCGGCCGACUUCCAUCCUCUCGCCCACUCGAAGCGGGCGGGCACCGGCGGACCUACGAGCAGCCCAAAAGCGGUGCCAGAAGCGCGGCCUCUGCUGCUCCUCGAGCCCUAUCGGCGGGAACUGCUAGCUGCCGCCAUCAUGUCUGCUGCAAAUCCUGAGGCUCCAAACUCAACCAUCUCCAGAGAGGCCAGCACCCAGUCCUCAUCAGCUACCACCAGCCAAGGCUAUGUUUUACCAGAAGGCAAAAUCAUGCCAAACACGGUUUUUGUUGGUGGAAUUGAUGUUAGGAUGGAUGAAACUGAAAUUAGAAGUUUCUUUGCUAAAUAUGGUUCAGUAAAAGAAGUGAAGAUAAUCACAGAUCGAACUGGUGUGUCCAAAGGCUAUGGAUUUGUUUCAUUUUAUAAUGACGUGGAUGUGCAGAAGAUAGUAGAAUCACAAAUAAAUUUCCAUGGUAAAAAGCUGAAACUGGGCCCUGCAAUCAGGAAACAAAAUUUAUGUGCUUAUCAUGUGCAGCCACGUCCUUUGGUUUUUAAUCCUCCUCCUCCACCACAAUUUCAGAGUGUCUGGAGUAAUCCAAACACUGAAACUUAUAUGCAGCCUCCAACCAUGAUGAAUCCUAUAACUCAGUACGUUCAGGCAUAUCCUCCUUAUCCAAGUUCACCAGUUCAGGUCAUCACUGGAUAUCAGCUGCCUGUAUAUAAUUAUCAGAUGCCACCUCAGUGGCCCGCUGGGGAACAAAGGAGUUAUGUUAUACCUCCGGCUUAUACAGCUGUUAACUACCACUGUAAUGAAGUUGAUCCAGGAGCUGAAGUUUUGCCAAGUGAAUGCUCAGUUCAUGAAGCUGCUCCAUCCUCUGGAAAUGGCCCACAAAAGAAAUCUGUGGACCGAAGCAUACAGACAGUGGUAUCUUGUCUAUUUAAUCCAGAGAACAGACUGAGAAACUCUGUUGUUACUCAAGAUGACUACUUCAAGGAUAAAAGAGUGCAUCACUUUAGAAGAAGUCGGGCAGUACUUAAAUCUGUUUGAUCCUCUCUGCUGACUUUCGAGUCUCAUGGGAAGUUGCUGGUUUUGAGUAUUAAGAGACUGAAAGUGUUUCACUAUUAUAGAAAUUUAAUUCUGAAUUUUGAUAAAUCACACUCAGACUUUCUAUACAGGUUGUAUUAGAUUGCCUAGUUUUAUUUUACAUUGAAACUGUUUUUCAUUAGAGUGUUUAUUUAGAAACUGGUUCUGUGUUGAAAAUAUAGUUAAAAGUAAAAAAUAAUUGAGACUGAAAGGAAUAACUUUAAAAAUUAUCUGUAAGGACUUUUUUUUUAAAUUGAAAUUGACAUUUUAAGAGUUUAAAAGCAAAUGCUGAUUUUCAAAAAAUUAUUUUAGAAAACCUACUAUUUUGAAAGGUCAGAAUUUUGAUAGUUUGAGUACAAGCAUUUCACUUCUCCAACAAGUACCUGUGAGCAGUACAAUAUUUACAAUAUUGUGCUUUACAUUUAUGAUUUGUCUAGAAAUUUACAACAAAAGCAGAGUUUUAAAACUGCAUUUUUAAUCAGUGGAACUCAAUAUAUAGUUAGUUUUAUUGAAGUUUUCCCUAUCUAAACCCAGUAAAACAGGUUCUAAACUAACAGUCCAAUCAGUGGGUCUUACAUUUAUUAGUUCAAAAUAUUUUAUCUUUUAUCUAGAAUUCACACAUAGAUAUCCUAUUUGAUUGAGAUGGUAAUUAGGAUAACUAAAAUUCUAGGCCUAAUUUUUUUUAAAGAAUCCAAGACAAACUAAACUUUACGAGGUAUAUAAGCUUCUCAGUGAGUUACCAUUCUCCUUUUUUUCUUUUAAUUUUAUUUUUCCUUGAAAUGCCAAACUCAAUGGCUGUAUCUUAAAUUGUGCAAAAUAUUGGUAUUAAAGAAUGCUGAAACUUU